AAACUUGCAGUACCUAGGUCAUACAAGGUAGAUGGGCGGGCAUGGCGGCCUCAAUAUCCUGCCCCAGAAGCGCUGGAACGUCUACAACUGGGACAACAGGGAGCGAGUGCGAAGGGACGAGCAGGAGGCGGAGCGGCAGCAGCAAGAGGAGCAGCAGCAGCAGCGGGAUCGCGAUGCCGAGUCGCGGCUGGACAAGCUUCGCACCAGCGCGCGCACCGGCCGCACCCAACCCUCUGCCCCUGACGAGACAGCCGCAGCCGCCGCGCCCGCGCCCGCACCCGCGCCCGCCCCCGCGGCGCCGCUCACCACCCACGACCAGCUCCUGGAUCUCUUCGACGACGACAAGGGUGUGGCGCUGGUGCCCAGGAACAGGCACAAGGAACACAAGGAGAGGGAGCACAAGAGGGACAAGGAAUUGGAGAGGGAGCGGAGGCGAGAGAUCCGGCAGGCCAAGAAGAAGCAAGAGGAACUUGGUGAGGCGGAGGAGAGGUACAGGCUGGGCGGCGCCCGCUCCACGGCGCAGCCUUGGUACAUGCAGUCGAGGCCGGAGGAACACGAUCACGCUGCUGCAACAGGUGGUGGUGGUGGUGGUGCUGCUGCUGCUGCUGGUGACAAGAAGAGGAAGAAGAGCUUGGAGGAGCUGCGAGCUGAAAGGUUGCAGAGAGAGGAGAGGGAGCGAGCCAAGGCACGCAAGCUGCUGCCCUGCACCAGCAGCAGCAGCAGCAGGAAGCACUACAACUCGAGCUUUGGGUUUGGCACGAGAUAAAGCUAGGUUUUGCUUGUUUUAGGGCUCUUGUUACAUCCGCAAUGGAAGAGAGCGUUGCUCCGCUA